GCCGGCGAAUGCCCCGGAUGUGAAAAGCCAUGUGCAGCUCCAUCAGAUCUCAUUUGCAGCACACGGCUCGUCCUUUUACUCCGACCGUCUCUCAUUCAGACCUGCAGACCUGCACCAAGAAGCAGCUACACGAUCUCUAAUACCUCACAAAGAUGUUCCGCCUCCCGACCAUCAUGAAGCAGGUGCGGCCCGUGUGCCGUGCGCUCGCCCCUCACCUCACCCGAUCCUACGCCAAAGACGUGAAGUUCGGAGCUGAAGCUCGAGCUCUGAUGCUGCAGGGAGUCGACCUGCUGGCCGACGCUGUGGCCGUCACCAUGGGCCCCAAGGGUCGUAACGUGAUCAUCGAGCAGAGCUGGGGCAGCCCGAAGGUCACGAAGGACGGCGUGACGGUGGCCAAGAGCAUCGACCUGAAGGACAGGUACCAGAACAUCGGAGCCAAGCUGGUGCAGGACGUGGCCAACAACACCAACGAGGAGGCGGGCGACGGCACCACCACUGCCACCGUGCUCGCCCGCGCCAUCGCCAAGGAGGGCUUCGACAUCAUCAGCAAGGGAGCCAACCCCGUGGAGAUCCGCAGAGGAGUCAUGAUGGCCGUGGAGACCGUCAUCAAGGAGCUGAAGAACCUCUCCAAGCCGGUCACCACGCCCGAGGAGAUCGCACAGGUGAGACAUGAUGAGAGGUUGAUUUAGAGACAUGAUGAGGAA